GCGGCGGCGGCGGCGCGAGGGAGCUGGCCCGGACCCCAGGUGGUUUGAGCGAGAAGAUGGUGUCUCUGUCUCUCAAGUGGCCACUUGCAACCAUGCCGUGUCUACUUCCCUCACUGUUGACUCUCUUAACUGUGUCAACUCCUUCAUGGUGUCAGAACAGAGAAGCUACAUCUCCAGAGGCCGGUAAUGGGACACCAUUUCCUUGGAAUCAAAUGCGACUUCCUGAGCAUGUCAUCCCGGUUCAUUAUGAUCUCAUGAUCCACGCAAAUCUCACCACGCUGACUUUCUGGGGAACCACGGAAGUAGAAAUCACAGCCAGCCAGCCCACCAGUGCCAUCAUCCUGCAUAGUCACCACCUGCAGAUAUCGAAGGCCACCCUCAGGAAAGGAGCCGGAGAGAGGCCGUUGGAAGAACCACUGAGGGUCCUGGAACAUCGUGCUCAUGAGCAAAUCGCACUCCUGGCUCCGGAGCCUCUGCGCGUUGGGCUCCCGUACACAGUUGUCAUCCACUAUGCUGGCAAUCUUUCUGAGAAUUUCCAUGGAUUUUAUAAAAGUACCUACAGAACCGAGGGAGGGGAAGUGAGGGUACUUGCAUCAACACAGUUUGAACCCACUGCAGCGAGAAUGGCCUUCCCCUGCUUCGAUGAGCCUGCCUUCAAAGCAAGUUUCUCCAUCAAGAUUAGAAGGGAGCCCCGGCACCUUGCCAUCUCCAACAUGCCCUUGGUGAAAUCUGUGACUAUUGCCGAAGGACUCAUAGAAGACCAUUUUGAUGUCACCGUGAAGAUGAGCACCUAUUUGGUGGCCUUCAUUAUUUCAGAUUUUCAGUCUGUCAGCAAGGUGACCAAGAGUGGAGUCAAGGUUUCUGUAUAUGCUGUACCAGACAAGAUAAAUCAAGCAGAUUAUGCACUGGGUGCUGCGGUGACUCUCCUAGAGUUUUAUGAGGAUUAUUUCGGGAUACCAUACCCCUUACCCAAACAAGAUCUCGCUGCUAUUCCUGACUUUCAGUCUGGUGCAAUGGAAAACUGGGGACUGACAACGUAUAGAGAAUCUGCCCUGUUGUUUGAUGCAGAAAAGUCUUCUGCAUCAAGUAAGCUUGGCAUCACAAUGAUUGUGUCCCAUGAACUCGCACACCAGUGGUUUGGGAACCUGGUCACUAUGGAAUGGUGGAAUGAUCUUUGGCUAAAUGAGGGAUUUGCCAAGUUUAUGGAGUUUGUAUCUGUCAGUGUGACCCAUCCUGAACUGAAAGUUGGAGAUUAUUUUUUGGGCAAGUGUUUUAAUGCGAUGGAAUUAGAUGCUUUAAAUUCUUCACACCCUGUGUCCACACCUGUGGAAAACCCUGCUCAGAUUCGGGAGAUGUUUGAUGAUGUGUCUUAUGAAAAGGGAGCUUGCAUUCUGAAUAUGCUAAGGGAUUACCUUAGUGCUGAUGUGUUUAAAAGUGGUAUCGUACAGUAUCUCCAGAAGUAUAGCUAUAAAAACACAAAAAACGAGGACCUGUGGAAUAGCAUGGCAAGUAUUUGCCCUACAGAUGACACACAAGGGAUGGAUGGCUUUUGCCCUGGAAGUCAACAUUCAUCUUCAUCCUCACACUGGCGUCAGGAAGGCCUGGAUGUGAAAACCAUGAUGAACACCUGGACUCUGCAGAAAGGCUUUCCCCUGAUAACCGUCACGGUGAGAGGGAGGAACGUACACAUGAGGCAAGAGCACUAUAUGAAGGGAUCUGAUGAUGCCCCAGAAAAAGGAACUGGGUACCUGUGGCAUGUUCCGUUGACAUUCAUCACCAGCAAAUCAGAUAAGGUCCAUAGAUUUUUGCUGAAAACAAAAACAGAUGUGCUCAUCCUCCCAGAAGAGGUGGAAUGGAUCAAAUUUAACGUGGGAAUGAAUGGCUAUUACAUCGUGCAUUACGAGGAUGAUGGAUGGGAUUCUUUGACCGGCCUUUUAAAAGGAACACACACAGCAAUCAGCAGUAAUGAUCGGGCGAGUCUCAUUAACAACGCAUUUCAGCUUGUCAGCAUUGGAAAGCUAUCGAUUGAAAAAGCCUUGGAUUUAACCCUGUACUUGAAACGUGAAACUGAAAUUAUGCCCGUGUUCCAAGGUUUGGAUGAGCUGAUACCUAUGUAUAAGUUAAUGGAGAAAAGAGAGAUGAAUGAAGUAGAAACUCAAUUCAAGGCCUUCCUCAUCAGGCUGCUGAAGGACCUCAUCGACAGGCAGUCCUGGACGGACGAAGGCUCAGUCUCCGAGCGGAUGCUGCGGAGCCAGCUCCUCCUCCUCGCCUGCGUGCGCAAGUAUCAGCCGUGCGUGCAGAGGGCGGAAGGCUAUUUCAGAGAGUGGAAGGAAUCCAAUGGAAGUUCGAGCCUGCCUAAUGAUGUCACCAUGGCAGUGUUUGCCGUGGGGGCCCAGAACCCUGAAGGCUGGGAUUUUCUUUAUAGUAAAUAUCAGUCGUCUUUGUCCAGUACCGAGAAAGAACAAAUUGAAUUUGCCCUCUGUACGAGCCAAGAUAAGGACAAGCUUCAGUGGCUUCUAGAUCAAAGUUUUAAGGGAGAUAUAAUAAAAACCCAGGAGUUUCCAGAUAUUCUUAGACUCAUUGGCAGAAACCCAGUAGGAUAUCAAUUGGCCUGGCAGUUUCUGAGGGAAAAUUGGAAUAAACUUGUAGAAAAGUUUGAACUUGGCUCACCUUCCAUAGCCUACAUGGUAAUGGGCACAACAAACCAAUUCUCCACAAGAACACGGCUUGAAGAGGUAAAAGGAUUCUUCAGCUCUUUGAAAGAAAAUGGUUCUCAGCUCCGUUGCGUCCAACAAACAAUUGAAACCAUUGAAGAAAACAUACGGUGGAUGGAUAAGAAUUUUGAUAAAAUCCGAGUGUGGCUGCAGACUGAAAAGCUGGAAUUGCUGUGACAGCUGGUCCUUGCCAGGUUCCUGUUAUCUACAAUCACCAAAAUUUUGUUGGAUGUCAAUGUUUUCAAGCUAGAGAUGGCUGUUUUGGCUCCAGCUGAAGAAACUUUUCUCUUCCACUCAUGAUUCAUUUGACUAUUCCCAAGAAAAGAUUGGCUGUUAGUUUUUUCAUCAAUGGGCUAUUGCUACCACGUGUUUCAUUUACAGGUGGUGUCCUAAGAUAUAAAGUCGAGUGGUGGGUUCCUUACCAUGGAGGAAUAAAGUAACUUGUUCUCCUUUUAUAUUUUAUGUUUAAGCCCCGUAGUAUCCCAAACCUCCAUGCCCCACCUGUUUGUCAUUCAUAAGCUGUUUCAUCAAUCUCCUUGAAAGACUUUGAAUAGUGAA